GCAUAGCCGAUCUAGCUGAUAAGCUUUUCUGUUCGUGGCUAUGCGAAAUGAUAUGCUGCUCUCGGGAGAUUAUAAACCGAUCGAACCUCGAAGCAGCUGGCAGCAGCAAUAAACGUAUUGGAACCAAAUUCGUUCUCGUCUUGUUUUUCGCCUUCUUAAAAAUUCCCCAGCAGCUAGUCGCCAGUCUCAUUUGUUUAAUUAUUUAAACGUAAUUUUUUCCGGGAAAACUCUCCCGGAUUCACAUUGGCGCCCGAGCAGGGACAACGGCUAGUUUUGCAUUAAUUUUCGCGUCGGAAAAAUUAAACAAAAAACAGUGCACUCUCGUCGUCUCGGCACUUGUUUAGUUUUUUGUAAAUUGUUGGCGGAAAUUCUAGCUGGUGGAAUUCGGUUUAAUUGUUGGCGAUCGCAGUUUGGACUUGAAAGGAAAGUGCUUGGAAAAUUAUGCCUAACAACAACCAGGUUCGUCGGGAGGAGAGGGCUGCCUCAGAAGAUGUACAGCGACAACGCCACGAACUUCGUGGGAGCGAGCAACGUGCUCAAGGAUCUGAGCGCAGCGUUCCACCGCAGUCAGGAACAGUUGAGAGGAUACGCGGCUCAGAGAGGCGUCGAGUGGUGUUUCAUACCGCCGAGGUCACCACACUUCGGAGGACUGUGGGAGGCAGCAGUCAAGGCCGCCAAACACCGGCUGCUGCGAGGAGUCGGCAACGCCAAGCUGACAGCGGACGAGCUCAGCACCCAUCUGGUCGAGGUAGAGGCGCUGCUCAAUUCUCGACCAAUCGCGUCGCCAGGCAACGAUCCCAACGAUGGAGAGGCCCUGACUCCAGGACAUCUGCUUAUCGGACAGCCUCUGAUCACGCUGCCGCAAGAGUCCGGCACAGACGGAAUCUCCAGCAAGGCCAGUUGCGGAUAUUUGAGGCGGUGGCGAAUGCUGUCCGAUCUCAAGCAGCAGUUUUGGGCCAGCUGGUCCAGGGACUACAUCGCCAGCCUGCAGCAUCGCAACAAGUGGUGCGUCGAGGGCCGCGAUCUGGAGGUCGGGUGCCUGGUGCUCGUGCACGAGGACAACAUGCCCCCGCAAAGAUGGCUCACAGGCCGCGUGGUGGCAACAACAGGCGGUGAGGACGGAAGAGUGCGUGUGGCGGAGGUACGGACGUCAGGAGGCGUCAUCAAGCGCGCCAUCCACAAGCUGGCAUUGCUGCCAGUAAGCAACGCUCCUAACGAGGAGGUUAAAGCGCCGGAGGCCUUCAACGGGGCCGGAAUGUUGGAGCAGUAGAUUUAGUUUUAUUGUUAGUUUUAAGGAUAGUUGAAAGAAAGAAUGAAUUGAAUAUAUGCAGCCAGAAUGUAAACAAAUCACCUUAAACCAAUGUACAAAAGCUUAUCAGUUGCACUCAAGCUUGAGCAUAGCCGAUCUAGCUGAUAAGCUUUUCUGUUCGUGGCUAUGCGAAAUGAUAUGCUGCUCUCGGGAGAUUAUAAACCGAUCGAACCUCGAAGCAGCUGGCAGCAGCAAUAAACGUAUUGGAACCAAAUUCGUUCUCGUCUUGUUUUUCGCCUUCUUAAAAAUUCCCCAGCAGCUAGUCGCCAGUCUCAUUUGUUUAAUUAUUUAAA